AUAUUUACAGAACAAAAUGGCCAGAACCGCUCAGCCGAAGAAAACCAAACCUAGUCCGAAGCUAGCGAAGAAACUUCAAGCCGAGGAGAAGGAAACUGAGUCUGAGGAACAAGAAUCUCCCAACUCAUCAUCUAGCAGUUCGGGGUUUCUAGUUCAUACAUCAAUUAUGCAAAGAAGAGAAACUCCUCAAACCUCUCCGGAAAGCGGACCGAGCGGUAGAACCCCCGCCAGUCCAGACAAACGUAAAGGUAGAGCUCCAGCCAAGAAAUCCGCAGCUUCAGCAGCAAGGAAUCCGGCAAACCAGACUGCAAGGAAAUCUACUGGAUCGGUAGCUCAGAAAAGCCCUGAGCGACCGGUAGGGUCAGGGAAAGGAAGGAAAUCAAGCGGAAGCCUAAAAAAACGGAUGAAAAACAGAUACCGGCCCGGAACAAAGGCUCUGAUAGAGAUUAGGAGAUAUCAAAAGGAGACAAAAUUGCUGAUGCGUCGUCUUCCUUUCGCCCGGUUAGUUCGAGAGAUAGCUCAACAGAUUUGUGGAGCUUCAAUUCCCGAUGUUAGGUUUCAGUCCCAGGCUAUUGAAGCACUACAGGAGGCCGCAGAGAUGUACCUGGUUCAUCUAAUGGAGGACAGUAACCUCGCAGCUAUUCACGCUAAACGCGUAACUAUCAUGGUAAAAGAUAUGAGGCUUGCACGUAGGAUUAGAGGAGAGACCUGGGAUUUGUAAGAUUUUCAUCAAACUUCCACGUUUCGUCUUUCAAGUAAAAUAAGAAACUGUACAGUAUAGUAUAUUGAUCUCAGGUGUUAAAUGUUUAUAAAAAUUUAGAAUUGUUAAAAUUAUAUCUUAACUAUGUACCUUGAAAAUACGCUUGGAUGAACAAGAAUAUUUAACAGUCAAAUUUUUGUAAAUUCCGCAGACCAAAUUUUAUUUUCAUGGAGUCCCCUGAUGUAUGUAAUCAUGAACCAUUUAUUUUAUGUGUCUGUUAUAAAAAUAUAGCGAUGAUAAAGAAAAA